AUGGCAGAUAAACCUUAUGCAUCAUUAGUUGGGAGUCUCAUGUAUGCACAAGUAUGCACCAGACCUGAUAUUGCUUUUUCAGUAAGUGUAUUGGGAAGAUUUCAGUCAAAUCCUAAACAAGCACAUUGGAUUGCUGGUAAAAAGGUCAUGAGAUAUUUGCAGAGAACAAAGGACUAUAAGUUGGUUUACAAAAGGAGUGACAGACUGGAAGUAGAAGGUUAUGCUGAUGCAGAUUUUGCAGGUUGCAAAGAUGACUUGAAAUCUACAUCAGGAUAUGUUUUCCUAUUUGCUGGAGCAACAAUAUCAUGGAGAAGUAACAAGCAGCCACUCACAGUUGCAUCGACUAUGUUGGCAGAAUUUCUGGCUUGUUAUGAAGCAACCACUCAAGCUAUGUGGUUAAAGAACUUUAUCACUAGUUUGGGUGUGGUUGAAUCAAUUCAACGACCUAUAUAG